CCCGGGCCCAUAUUUGCGGGGCAUUUGUCAGACUGAGGGAAACGAUUGCUCUCUCCCCUCAUUCAGCGUCGCGUUGUUUCUGCGCAAUAGACUCUCCCUCUAUUCGCAGACUACCACAAGAUGACAUUUUCUGGAGCCUUGACGUUGACGGACCUGAAUGACUUCAUCACGCCGUCCCAAGCGUGUAUCAAGCCGGUUGAGCAGACAAACAAGGUCGAGGCGAAGGACUCUGGCGCUGCUUCGACCCAGAUUCAGGUUGACUCGAGUGGAUCGUACUAUGAGGUCGCGACAAAUGGUGCUACCAAGGAAAAGAAGCUCGAGACAGCCCAGAUCAGCCUCAACGACUGCCUUGCAUGUAGCGGCUGCAUCACCUCCGCUGAAUCCGUUCUGAUCACUAUGCAGUCCCACACCGAGGUGCUCAACUUCCUCGCGAACAAUCCCUACCACACGCUCCCCGCGCACCGCAUCCCCGUUCUGUCCAUCGCGCCGCAAAGCCUCGCGUCUCUCGCAGCGUCCCUUUCCUCGAGUAGCGCGCACCUCGUCGACCUUGGCCGCAUCCUCCGCCGCGUGCAGACGUUCUGUACGCAGGCGCUCGGUUUCGCACAUGUAUUUGACACGACGUUCGCGCGGCAUCUCGCGCUGUUGGAGCACGCGGCCGAGUUUGCGGAGCGAAGGCGUGGUGAGGGCAAGCUGCCGAUGCUCGCGAGCGCGUGCCCCGGCUGGAUAUGCUAUGCGGAGAAGACCCACCCUGAGAUGUUGCCGUUCAUUAGCGCAACCAAGAGCCCGCAGCAGGUCAUGGGCACACUCGUGAAAGAGUGGAUGGCUCGCCGGUGGUGCAAGCGUCCGGACCAGAUAUACCACGUCACGGUGAUGCCGUGCUACGACAAGAAGCUUGAGGCGUCACGGCAGGACUUUUACAACGAGCAGUACGUGACACGCGAUGUCGACUGCGUGCUCACGACCGGCGAGCUCGAACAGCUCAUGCGCGAGAAGCAGUGGGAUCUCUCGCUGCCCGUCGUUGACGAGUCCGCGCGGCCAUCAUUUGGCAGCGAAGACGGGAGCGCUAUCGACUUACCCGAGCUGCUCGUACAUCCUGGGUCGAGCUCUGGAUCCUAUCUGCAGUCAUUGAUCUCGAUGUGCGCCGAUGCAUCUCUAGGAAACUCCGAGCCCUCCUCGUACGAACACACGGUGAGAAUUGUGCGCUCGGCAGACUACGAGGAGAACAUAUUAGCACAUAGGGACUCCGGCAAAGCGAUGUUCAAGGGCGCGAAGUGUUAUGGAUUCCGGAACCUACAGAACGUCGUGCGGAAGAUCGGACGCGAUGCGGGCGUGCAGGUCGGGCGCGGCGCAGCGGGUCGAAUGGCGGGCGUGCGUGCGCGGGGCCGGGUGCGUAAGUUCGGAGCGGCUGUGAAUGGAGAUGCAGGCGCUGAGGUGGCGAACGGGUACGACUACGUCGAGGUAAUGGCAUGCCCAGGCGGGUGCGUCAAUGGUGGUGGUCAGCUGCGCCCGAGUGCUGCCGCACUGGCACAAGCGCAGAAUGUGGAUGCGGAGGGGUACCAGCGCGAUUGGGCUGAGAGCGGGGUGCGCGUCGAUGGGGAUGCGAGUCUGCCCGGAUCGGAUGGGAAGUGGGGGAGCAAGGGGUGGACGAAGCGGGUUGAGGAGGCGUACUGGCAUGCGCUGCCCACGCCCCCACCGUCGCCGCCGGUUGAUGCGGCUGACAAGGUGCCUGCCUUUGGUGACUGGGAGGCGGCGAGGAGGGCAGCAGCGGACCGUGUUGCCCUCCGCGUGCUGUCCGAUCUGUGUCGCCCGACGUGCGGAAUACCACAGAGCUGGUCGACUCGCCUGGACGACGAGGCUGAGGCUCGUAGACGGAAGCUCUUCCGGACUCAGUACCGAGCAGUAGAGAGCGAAGUGGUUGGCCUCGCAGUAAAAUGGUAGAUGUGUGAGCCUAUGUAUAUAUUGUAUAUUGAGUUGCAAAUACAGGCUGGUGAUAUAUUAUAGUAUGCCAACAGGAGGACGAUUAUUACAGGCACAUACAGGGAUUGCGAUGGAUAGGGUGC